AUGCCUGGUGGAGAAUGCCAAACAGAUCAUCACCUUGUGCACUCAAUAGCCAAUGGUGUGAAGCAAGGCUGUGUUCUUGCACCAACUUUAUUCACAGUCUUCUUCAGCAUGAUGCUCCAAAGGGCCACAGCAGACCUCGAUGAUGAAAACGGUGUCUACAUUCGAUAUCGUACCGAUGGGAGCCUAUUCAACCUCAGGCAACUGAAGGCCCACACUAAGACCUUAAAUCAUCUUGUCCAUGAGCUGCUUUACGCUGAUGAUGCCGCCCUCGUCGCCCACACAGAAGUAGCUCUGCAGCGUUUAACAUCCUGCUUUGCAGAGGCUGCUGAACUUUUUGGACUGGAAGUCAGUUUGAAGAAAACAGAAGUUUUAUAUCAGCCUGCACCUCAGGAAGUCUCCCAUCAUCCCCAUAUCACCAUUGGUGAAACAGAGCUCAAAUCAGUCCAGCAGUUUAACUACCUGGGAAGCAUUAUCUCCUCAGACGGUAAGAUUGAUGCAGAAAUAGACAACAGGUUAGCUAAGGCAUACAGAGCUUUUGGUAAACUCCAUAAAAGAGUGUGGCGAAAGAAGAAAAGUACAAAGAUCAGCGUUUACAGAGCUGUUGUACUGUCUGCUCUUUUAUAUGGAUCUGAAUCGUGGGUCAUUUACCCGCACCACUUGCGUCUCUUAGAACGCUUCCAUCAGCGCUGCCUCCGUACAAUCCUAAACAUCCACUGGACGGAUUAUGUGACCAACACGUCUGUCCUUGAACAGGCAGCAGUCACGAGCAUUGAGGCCAUGCUGCUGAGAACACAGCUGAGCUGGGCAGGGCACGUCUCCAGGAUGCAGGACUACCGCCUCCCUAAGAUCGUGCUCUAUGGGGAACUUGCCACUGGCUGCCGCAAGAGAGGAGCCCCGAAGAGGAGAUACAAGGACUGCCUGAAACAAUCCCUCAGCCUUGGCCAUAUUGAUCACCACCAUUGGUCUACCCUGGCCUCCAGUCGGGAGGCCUGGAGACAGACACACCAUCUAUAACGCUGCUGCUGCUUUUGAGAACACACGCAGGAUCACUCUCGAGGAGAAAAGACAACGCAGAAAGAAUCGUGUCUUGUCGACAUCACCUGGGGAGUCUUUCUGCUGUGCCUUCUGCAACCGGACUUGUCUAUCUCGCAUUGGCCUUUUUAGCCAUCAGCGUGCUUGUAGCAAGCGUGGGUAGAGCCCUUCUCAAAUCUUCGUUCGCAAAGCCUAGCCAUGAUGAUGAUGAUAGAAGAAGAAAGCCUUUAGCAUUUCUCAUGCUGUAUUUUUCCAUCCUUAACUGGAUAAAAUAAGGGAAAUACAUUUUCUUGCCCCCUCCCUAUUUUCUUUUAACUUCCACACCUAAUCCCAGCUUCCACUGCAGAGGAUGCCCAGAAAGACAUUCACCUGAAUGGUCUACCAUUUAGGAGGCAAUCAGGCAGAGGCUAGUGAUCUUGUUCUCACUGACAAAGAAUCUCAUAGAUUUUCUACUUAGGAUAGAAAAGGUUGAUGGUUUCACUCAGAAAAAAUAAUAUUUAAAUGUGAGGAGAAAGGCAAGAACAGACAUUGAGUAUGUCAUAUGAGUACUUAAACCUUCACUACUUCUUGUUUUGUUUAGGAGGUUAAAAACUGUUUAAAGUUUCUUUCAAAUUAAGAACAGCUGCUUAUAAGCAUGAGGGCCUGUCCUCAUCUUGACUCCCCUUUUACAAGUUAUUGAAAGACAAUAGUGAAUUUCCAAAUAGUUUAAUGACCAUUGUUCUUAUACACUGUUUGUAGUACAGUACAUACUCUUUAGUUGCUUCCAUUGAGAUGUGACCUUGAAGAGCCUUUAUGCAGAUGGAUACCAGUAUGUCAUUUAUUAUUAAAAUUUUCUAUAGUUAAGACUCAGGCAUUAGGAAUAUCUGUGCUUUUGUGUAUUAAAAAGGUAAAAGUAACAGCUUUAGUUUUGCCUGAAGAAUCCAACAAAAUUCUUGGGCUUUUUAUUGGGCUUCAAGGUAUUCUUGCAAAAAUUCUUUUGUGAACUAUUAUAAUCUCAUCUAUUUUUUUUCUCUCUUAAAUCAUUGCCAUGUUUCACCACAUGAAUUCUUCAUAACUUUUUUUUGCUCGUUCUGCUUCUGGAAGCAAGAAGAGAAAUCUCUCUGGUGGUACUGCAUGUGUGUGGUCAGGAGCUAUGUAGCCAUACAUCCUUAGUUCUUUGUGAAGAACAAAAGGUCUCUGAGUAAAUUUUGUUGAUAGUAUUGCAACAUAGAUCUGGUAUGGCAAUGCAUUUGAAAAAUGAGAUUCUUCCUGUGACCUCCUGGAAAUGGCAUUCCAACGGAAGACCAGAUGACAUGGUCAUUUCUAUAAACCAGAAGGUUUAUGUAAGUGUUUCUCAGGUGUUGGCAGGUGGGUUCUUUAAACCUCUGCUGUCUGCUUUUUAUCUUUUGCACUGAAAUUAAUUUAGCCCCAGUUAAAGACACAGGCAGAGAUGGCUUAUUAUUAUACAUUACACUACAGACAACAGCCAAAAUUGCUAUCACCUGGGCUCCAAGAAAACUUUUAUUCUUGCAAAAAUAUAAUGCUGUCUUUUCACAGGUAGUCAGAAGUCCUCACUUGGACUCCAGCACACACUGAAAACCAAGUGGAUAGGAAGGAAAGAAAAGAUCACCCAAGUUAUAUUCUCUUCCUGUGCCCUUUGGUUGUGUCUACCGUUCUUCCCCCGAGAUGCUGUAUCAUCCUUUACAUAGUUGCCCCAAAAUGCUCAAAGUAUUGUUAAAUCCUACUAUAUUUAUAUACCUUCUGUAAAAACUCUCUUUUCUGAUUCUAAAGUCACAAAGAGAGAAAAGUACAUUGAAUGUUAAAGGCUAUUCAAAUAUCUUGUAGGACAGGUACUGAGAUGAAAAAAUCACCAGUGAUAUAUUACUUUUCUGGUGGGGUAAAUCUGGAUUCACAUGCUCUAAUUUGAGCAUAUUUUGUCUACAGGACAUUCACCUUCUGCUUUUUGGUUCAGUAAUUUGGGGUGAUGGUUAAGCAGAAUGUUCAGCCAAACUAUACCAUAAACAAUCUCUACAGAAUGAAUGAUGCCCACUCUGUCUUAUUAUAACUUAAGAAUUGUUCACAGUCUAACUGCAUGUUUCAGGCUUACAUUUUACGGAGAACAAAACUGUCCUCUUAUGUCCAGAUCCAAAGUUGGAGAACUGGAUUAUGCUCUCCUUACAAAGUCAUGGAUAAUUCUGUGGGAAGGGAAUACUCUGUAUAUCUCAUCUUUCUCCCUGGAAAAACAGUUUUUGCAGCCUGCAAUAUGAAAUACUGCAGUAAAGACUGAGCUCCUCUCUGUAGGUCAGCAUCUGACUCCAAGAAGAAAUAGCUGAGUCUUGUUUCUGGCAGAUGUUGAUCUGAUUGGUUUCUAAAGACUUCCAUUAGCCUCCCUUUCCUUGCCAGUUUAGUCUGGUCUAGGGUAUCCUUAUCAGUAGAAAAUUUUUCGUAGUAACUGACAGCAAUUAUAGCUGCUGCUUAAACCCAUUUAUCCCUUGUUUCACGCACUGGAGAUACGUAAAAUGCAUUAUCCUUCUCCUCUGUCAUCAUCUGUAUAUGUGUUUAAAAAUGUAUGUGCCCCCCCCAAGGUAAACUGCAGACACAGAAAAUAGCAGAACCUCUGUUUUUUCAGCCACCUAAGAUGUGUAACCUUGCAAACCAGAAACCUCUUUACACUGUUGAAUGGUAUGCUAGCUAGUAUCCUCUUCUGGUUGAUAAAUUCACAGAAGCUUUAGUUCAUAAAUAUAUACACUAAUGUUUACACACACUAAUGGUAGGAGGACUAAGGCCUUAAGGAAUAAGAAACUAGCACAAAAGAAACCCUUUGAACCUCCUCCCACUAAUCAUCUCUCCACCUCACUUGGGCCACACAGAUUUAAAACCUGCUUUCAGAUCCAUAAGAAUGCAUCUUAAUGGAUUUGCAACAAUAACUAAUUCUUGUUUUUACAGACUACUUUUUAAUUAGGAAUUUUCAGUGUUGCAGACACAGUGAUUAAUUCAAUUUAACUGCUUUUACUGUGCGAAAGAUAUUGCAGUAUUAUGCCAAUUUAAAAAAUAGAAAGUGAGACUAUACAGGUUCAACCCCAAAAUUGGACAUAGUUAAAACUAGACAUCUCAACAAGUGGUCCAAUUUUCAGAAGGUCUAAGCCCUCCUUACUAGUGCAACUGUUACAAGUGUCUACUUAUGGCCACUAAUAGAACUUAACUGGUCAACUCUUGAAAGGAAAACAGAAUACUUAAAUACUUUUUUCUCACCUUUCACAAUUAAUCUUUUUGUUUACUAUAGUCGUUAUACUAUUUUCCAAACACAUUUUCCGAAAAUACUGUAAGAAGAGAUGCAGUAAGGCUAUUUCUGCAGAGUUGGUGGCUUUAUUACCUUCUUUAAUUCUUUUUACUUUUUUAAAUACAGGCAUUCAGGAAAAAACAUAGUCUGUAUUAACCAUUGGAAUCUUGGGUGGCUGACCCCAAUCUAUCUUUGAUGACAACUGAACAAAGACAUACAAACUCACUUCCAUAUGUUUCUCGCUAUUUGCACUCAAUCAGUUACCUAAACAUUCAGAGAAUCUGGACAUUCAACAUUGCAGGAAAACUUCAGUGAGCUUUUGGGUAAUAAGGUAUGCAGGAUGUAACUCCCUCAUGUGAAGUUUACCAGACUAAAAUUAGAUGCAUUAAGGAAUUUUUAUGGACACUUGCAACUAUUUCUUCUCAGAUUGCAGUGGUAUUCAACAAAAUUAGUCUCUAUGUCUUAGACCAGCUGGGGGAAAUGAAACUUUAACUCUUUCAAAAUCUUUAUUAUUUCUUUGUUUUAGAGCUAGACAUGGUCUGGUGGUAAAAACUUAGCUUUCCUAUAAUAAAUGAUCUUUAAUCCAUCUUUUUACCCUGGAAACUAUUACACAAAAUAUUCUAUAUGCUGUUAGAAGAUAAAACUCGAACAAAGUCCUACUUUGUGUGAGGACACAUGGUUACAUGUGUUUAAAUGCUUUUGACUUCAAACUUCUUUAGUUCAGCAUUUAAACUCUUAAUUUUUGGAGAUACUGUCCUCUUUACCAUUGGGUAUUAAAAAAUAUCAAAACCAAAAAACAGAGUUUCUUUGUGCUGAAAAACCCCUAUACUUUGGGAUCCACCCCCAGGAUGUGUAAUAAAAAUAUGUGUGGAGACUGUUGAGCAUGGUAAGGUUUUAUUUGGAGUUCAGAUGAAUUUAGAAAUUAUAAAUAGUGUGUAUGAGACAGGAAACUCAUUCUUCACAUAGCCUGAGUGGUUAUCCAUAUACUUUUAACAUGCACAAAAAGCCUAAACAUUUUGCUAUUUGUCAGUGUUCAAGUAGAGAUAAGAAUGACUUCAUUUUUAUCAAAUGGAAAUUUGAAUAUGUCCUAGAAACUGCAAUGGUAUAGUUGGGAAUAAAGUAACUAAAGAAAUCUUGGCAUUGCUACUCUAGUAGUGGCGAGUAAAUGCCCCAGGCUGCAGUUACACAGUCAGAUCAGUUCUGAGAAUUUUGCUGUACUAGAAUUAUAGAGGAUGGGGGUGGGGAGCUUGUUUAUAUGAUUUCAAAGUAUAUCCCCAUUUUUUUUCCUAAUUUUUCUGAAAAGCUUGGGUUUUAACAUAAUACCUGCACUAGGAAUUUAUUAAAGUUGAAGCAACUGAAAUAUGUGGUCUGCUUUCAGUGCAUGCAUGUUCUACCCAUAUCUCUCUCUCAUAUCCUUAUGUCAAAUGAGUAAUGAGUGUGCACCCUUUUGUCUGGCAGAGAUCAGCUGUGUUUCCUCCAUCUCUUUUUCCAAGGAAGUGAAAUACAGAGGUGAAAACUUGGCAUCAAGCUGGGAUUCAACUGAAGAUGGCAAAAUGUGAAGGCAAGGGCCCUUCCAGUCUCUUUAACUGUCACUCUUGAGAAGGGAUUAGUGGCAGGGAAGAGUAACUCAGACAACUCGCUAUGGUACUCAUGUAACUGAAAGCAGAGGAAUACUGACUUCCAAAUGUUGCAGCCCUCACAGAUAACCAGACCCCUUUGUUUGUGGCUUUACUGCUGUCCACAUCAAGGAGACUCCUGACAGCUUUGCAGAAUACACAUGAAUACACCCAAAAAAAUAAAUUACUAGAUGGCUUACACUAGAACCUACUUCCCAGAGCAGAAUUAUGCACAUGUGUAAGCAUUUGCAGUUUGAGGCCUGCAGUAUAAUUAAUAUACUGCAGGCCCCAAACUGCAUCAAAACUCCAAAAACUACUUCUGCUUUGCUUUGAAAUCUCCCUUUUCUCUCCUUCCUCCUAUUAUGUAUUUAUCCUCAUACAUUUUUAAGACUGUGCUAAUUAGCUGGAUCUGCAUGUCUUAUCACCUAUUCAAACAACCUAUGGGAGACCAUACAAACUAAAUAGCUUCGGGUAGAACCAUAUAUUUUUUCUUUAAAAAAACCAGGAUACACAUAUCAAAUACAACUUUCCUUUUUCCUUUGGUAUAAGCAAGAGAUUGUGUUUGGAAAGGGUGUUUUUGAUUAUAAGGUAGGAGAAGGGGUGGUUUGAUGAUAUGUUUAGAAGCUGUGAGACAGCCUUGCAAAGGGAAAGCUUAUUGGAUACUUGGAGGGAGCAGGUUGUAUAAACUCUCCCCAGUUCUGCAGAGCCACUCUGUAUAUGUGUUGUUUUUUUCUGAAGACAGCCUGCAGAGGCAAGUUUGGUUGUGAGUAAUGAAAGUCUGGUAGAGAUCAAGCUCAAGUCACCUGUCUGCUCCUGGAAUGACCGAAGCACGAUAAGGCUGGGGUAGAGGGGAUGUGGAACACUUCAAAAGCUCAGACACUGGGAAAAUGAAAACAAUACCACAGCUUUGGAUCAUUUCCUGGUAUUUCACUACUUUUUUAGCAAGUGGGGAUGGGAGAAGGAUAGGUCUGGAAAAUAUUAAAUUGGCUCCAAAGAGCAUUUAAAAAAAAAAAAAAAAGGGGAAUUUUGCAGACAUUAACUGUCUAUUGCAUGGCUGUGUGUUUGGAAAUACAGCACAGUUAAGAAAUAUGUCUAAGUUUUUAUACUUUUUUUCCUUUUCGAGGUGCCCCCAGAGCUUUUGGCUAAUGUUUUCAUCAUUAUAACAAAGUUGUCGGAUCAGCCCUGUGGACCUGCUAUUGCUGCCUGUUCCACUGAGAAACGGUUUGGAGAUGUGGUGCUGAAAAGUGGCGAAUGUGACUCCAAGACGUGGUGCUGAAAAAGGGGUGAAAGUGGCUGAGCCCAAUGAAACUGAUGCAGCAGAACCCGAGCCCCAGCACAACGGAAUGGCAGCAUGGUGCCAUGCAGAUGAUCUAGCUGUCGGGGCUUUGUCCGUCAUUGUUUUCCAUUGCCUCAGGCUCAGGGAUGGGGAGUGCCUGCCAUCUUGUCUUUGCCCUGGCAGCCAUGUGGAACUAAGUUGAGGUGGUGAACAGCUUUUGUGUGUAAAGCACCUUCUCUUUUUGUAUACUUUUGUUAUUAAUAAUGCUGCUGUUACAGUGCAUUUCUUAUUCCAUUGCUGUUUGCUUUCAGUAAAUUGUUAUCUCAACCAAUAGUCUCUGCCACUGUCCCUCUCUUUCUAGAGGGGGCAGGGGGAAGGGGAGUGGCUUAUUUGGAGUUUAAUUUCCAGCUGGUGUUAAACCACCACACAGGACCAUAGGCAACAGCACAAAGUGAAACACAGGAGGUUCCCUCUGAACAUCAGGAAACACUAUUUUCCUGUAAGGGUGACCAAGAACUGUCACAGGUUGCCCAGAGAGGUGCUGGACUCUCCUUCCUUGGAGAUAUUCAAAAACUUUCUGGAUGUGGUCCUGGGCAAUUGGUGCUGCUGCUUGAUGAAGGAGGUUGGACCAGAUGACCUCCAGAGGUUCUUCCCAAUCUCAACCACUCCGUGAUUCUGUGAUGUUAAUAUUUAUUGAUUAUUAUACUGAGUCUGGAAUUUACUCUGGAAAUAUUAAACCUGACAAACCUAGUUUUCCCUCAACUCUGCAUGCUCACAUUCCUUUUCAGGAAAAAAAGUGUUUUGGAACAAUUAUUAGCAGCAGUGCUGCUCUUGCGUAGUUAUCAGACUAAGGGCUUGUGACUGACACCAGUGUAUCACACUGGCAUUCCACCAGUGUCAGAGGGUCUAGGUAUUGCACUGCAUAGCUGAGGUACUAUUUCAUCUGCCCUGGAAGACACAUACUGCUAAGGCUAAUGGGAGUCUUUUGGCAGUCAUACGCUGGAAUAACAAAACUGUUCAGUAUAGAGUGAAGCUAUGUAUUUGAAGAACAGAAGGCUGACAAAUAGAACCAUGAGAGUAUGAGCAAAAUUUAGGAGCUGCUCCUGUUCCCACUGCAAUAUUGCUAAAAAAUCCUGGAGCCUUGAAAGAAUGUCAAGUACCUUCUGUGCAUCUUUCUCUGUAGAUGUUCGAACACAGUCAUGAAAUAAAAAUAGGUUUUGUGCUGCUAAGUAAAAAUAAUGGUACCACAAGGAAAAUGUUCCUCUUGCCUGACUGAUUCCUCUCCCACCAAAUAACUGGCUAUAAUUUCAUUAAUGUCUCACACUGGUGCAUUUCCUGGAACGUUAAUGGCAGAUUUGAUGCUAAUACAGCUUAGCCUCUGGUUGUGGUCAUUAUCCUCUAGAAGUGAUCUGUGUCUUAGCAACAAUUAGUUAAUUUUAAAUCACUACACAUCUGUGCAUUUUUUGUUUCUCCUUUCCUCACACUCCUUUGUCCUCCCCAGCCUACCUCUGGUUCUGCUUGUGACAAGGCUGAAACCUAUCUUUUCUAAAUGCUAACAAUUGUGGAGGAAGUAGGCAGGGGACUGAACAGUUGAUGAAACUC